CGCAAAAUAACGUCGGUUUUGUUUAUCUGACGUUCAGGGGCAAGUUCCAGUUAUAAAACUGCCACGAACACCACACUGGCCAUUAACUGUAGCUGCGAUGGCUCGGAACUUAGCUAGACAGCUUGCAUUAUGGAGCGCUCGAGUUUUCGCCGCUUAUUCUGACAGGGCAGAGCCAUUAUACUUUGCUUUAAGUGCAGAGCGCCCCGUCUACCAGGAAAAUGCAUUUCUGUCUUUGCGAAGGAUAUUUUCCAAUGCCAACGUAUAUUCCAUCCAUAUCACAACAGAGAAUAGAUUUUUAAAGGAAACAAUCCAUUCUAAGCUGCAAACACAAUUCUCGUCUCUGUUACAGGAGAACUGCGUGUUGAUUCAGCUUGUUUCUUUUCUUCCAAAUCAGAACCGUUCAGUGAUCCCUGGUUUUAUAGUCCAAGACUUCCAAAGAAACGAAGAGACUGAAAUUACAUUGAAGGAUAUGGCUAAAAGCAAUGAAUGUCUGCUGUGCUCGUAUAAGAAAUCAGAAGGUGCCGAUCUGUGGCAACAGUCCAUUUGGUGCGCGACGGAGGGCGCAGAAGUGGAGGGCAGCACGCACUACAUCAUCCCCUCAGCAAAACCUGCCGCCCACGUUUCAGUACUGAAUGUCGAUUCGGUGGUCUUUCACUGUUUUGAAGACGCGUAUGCAGCUUUGCAGGAGUGCAAAGAAUGUAUUCCUGAGGCAAAAGAAAUCUUGCAUUUAGCAGACCAAAGCCCAAGGCACAUGCAGAGAAGUAAUUUUCCAGUGAUUGUCAUAGAAGGACUGGAUGCAACAGGAAAAACUACUCUGACUAAAUCACUACAAGAAACUCUUAAAGGAACUCUCUUAAGAUCUCCACCACCACAGCUUUCACAUUGGAGGGAUCAAUUUGAUUCUCAGCCAGCUGUCAUCAGAAGGGCUUUUUAUACCUUGGGUAAUUAUAUCACAGCAGCCGCAAUAGCUAGAGAAUCAGAAAAAGCACCUGUUAUAGUGGACCGAUACUGGCCCAGCACUACAGCUUAUGCGAUUGCUACUCAAGUGGUUGGAGAGAAGGAUAACUUACCCAGCCUAUAUUCCAAGGUAUACCAAUGGCCAACUGAUCUGUUAAAACCAGACCUAGUGGUGGUACUAAUGGUUAGUCCUGAGGAACGGAUACGCAGAUUACAGGAGAGGGGACAAGUAAAGACACAGGAAGAAAAAGAACUGGAAGAAAAUAAUCUCUUUAGAGAAAAGGUUGAUGAAGUCUACAAGAGAAUAGAAGACUCCAUUUGUAAAAUAAUAGAUGCUAACUGUCCAAAAGAAGAAGUUCUUCAACAGGUUUUGCAUUUAAUUUCCCAGUAUUGCAGACUUUAACGUAGGAGUUCUUUUGACCACUUGAUGGCGCUAAAGAUCUGUCAACAGUUAACUGGAGCGCACUUGUUUACUACUACAAUACCUUGAAUUAAACAUGAAUGUUUCAUUCAGUAGGAAGACACAGAGAUUAAAAAGCCUUGUGCGUUUCAAGAGAUUCAAUUACAGUACUUCUUUAUAUGCAGAUUUUAGUAUUGUAUUAAAUAUUUAGAUAGCUCUGUAUGCUAGUAAUGUUUUUUCAAAAUCACUGAAGGUUGCAAACGUUAUCAGUUAGGAAAUACUAUUCCUAAAAGUCAAUUAAAAUGAAUAAUAUUAUAAUGUAAAUAAAUAUUUAAUUUUCCAAGUCUGAAUUAUCACUUUAAAUGUACUGUAUAUAGAUAGAAAGAGAACUUUCACUGAGAAUGAGUUGAAUUGUUAUGCUACAGAGUAUUGUUGUUAUUAAUAUCAACUAAGUAUUUUAAUAUUAAUCCAUGCAAACAGAAUAUAAAGUUACGUAAUUAUUUAAAAAUACCACCAAACAAGCAUCCAUAAACCAGCAUCUUCAACAAGGAAUGAUUUUGUUGGUCUAUUAAAUGUUUAUUUUACACAUCUGGUUUCAUUAGACCUAUUUUAUAAAUUCCUAUAAUAACUGUAAGUAAAAUAAGAAUUUCAUUCUUACAUUUUUAAUUGAAAGUUCUUAAAAAGGAUCCUGUUUAUUAUAUUGAUCCCUCCUCAGCAAUGAGUAAAUUACUUUUUGUAUUUUUGAAAAACAAGACACUCUUGUUUUUAAAGCUUAUAGUGAUGAGCGGAGGCUUUGCUCUCAACAUGUGGGAGCAGUUGGAUGGGUAAUUUCAGAGGUUCAAAGGUGCAAAAUGGCAUGCAAUCCCAGAGUUUUCAAAGAGAAUAAUUGUGUAAAUGACAAUUUAUUUUCUAAAAGACAUGCUUUUAUCAAUGAAUUGAGUUUUUCUUUUUUUAUCUUGCCAAGAAAAGUCAUUUAUUUUCUAAAAUGUAUUUUCCAGAUGGCAUAGAACUUCUGUUAUGCAGGUGUAAUUUUUGUGCUUUGCAUACUGGAAAUUCAUAUUAUGCUGUAAUCACCUAGUGUCGUUUUCGAAAACCUAGUGUUUUCUUCAAUUUUUUUGUAUUUAAUAAAAUAAAUCAAAUUAAAUUUGUUGAC